AUGGCAGAGGAGGAGAUACUGGCCUGCCUGAUGGCCGAGUCUAUACCCAAACACACGGUUCCCAGUAAGAAGGCCACGCUGAGAGAUAACCAGCCUCAACAACAGGAUGACCACAUAGACAGAUACCAGAGGGAGAACUGUCAGCUGCAGCAGGCCAGUCUGCGUCUGGAGCAGGAGAAUGAUGUUCUGGCCCACAGACUGAUCACCAGCAAGAUCUCCCUGAGGACCGACCUGGAUCAGGCGGAGGACAGAGUGGAUGAGCUGACCAAAGAGCUGCUGAAGACCAGAAAGAAAUUGAAGAAUGCAGAGGAAGAGAAGAGAGGGAAGGAGGAGGAGGCUGCUCAGUUGAAGGAGGUGUUAAGGACAAAGCUGGACAAGGCUGAUCCAGAGGUGAAGAGGAGCUCAGGCAUAAUCUCAGACUACAAACAGAUCUGUUCCCAGCUGACCAGUCGGGUGGAGAGGCAGCAGGCGGCCCACAGAGAGGACCUGGACAAACUCAGGAAUGCUGUGAUGGCGUGUUCUCGCUGCCGACAGGCUCUAGAUUCUCCUGUUAUGGAAGGCUCCGGUUCCACAGCCCCGUACCAGAGAAGUAUCAGCACCAGAGAACCAGGUCAGCAGAGAGACCAGGAAACAGAACCAGACCAGCAGACGACUGGUACCAGGGAACAAGACCAGGAGAAGUUGUGUCUGAGUGGCCAGGUCACAGAGCUGGAGAAGGAGCUGGCCCAGACUAAACUACAGAUGGUGGAGGCCGAGUGCAAGAUCCAGGAGCUGGAACACCAGAAGGGGGUGCUGCAACGUGAUCUCCAGACAGCUAGGAACAGCUGGCUCACUAAGACUAUACGGUCAGCCGGAGGGGGUCUGCAGAGCAGCAGCCUACCCAGGGGGAGAGCCUCUGCAAUGGGGCGUUCUCUACAUGGCCUCCCCCUCUCAGCCUGGAGCUCCAGGAGACUGUCAUGGGCCCCCAGGAAGGACCAGGGGGGAGAUGUCUGACAUGGAAGAGAGGGGGAGAGACAGCAAGAGGACAUACUGAGAGUAUAGAUAAUAUGUAUUGGAAUGAUUAUACAUGUCUCUUGGUGAUUGUUUGUUUCUGCAUUCUAGUGCCUAUUUUGGUUUUAUUUGUUAUUGUCAAAAACAGAUUUGGAUAUAGGAGUUUUAUGUAUGCUUUAUGUAUUGCUUUGGCUCUUAAACUCUUAAA